AUGAGCGAAGCGGCGCGCUUGAAAUGUACCGUCUAUGUGGGGGGUCUCGACCAGGCGGUUACUGUGCAGACGCUGGCCGAGGCAUUCGUUCCCUUCGGCGAAGUUGUUGAUAUAACGCUCCCAAAGCCCGACGUUCCCAACUCGAACGAGCUCCAUCGCGGGUUUGGCUAUGUGGAAUUUGAGGUACCCGAAGAUGCAAAAGAAGCGAUCGACAACAUGGAUGGAAGCGAGCUCUACGGGCGUACGAUCAAGGUUGCUGCCGCAAAGCCACAGAAGGAUAGCAAUGAAGGCCUAGGAAGCAAGACAGCUAUUUGGGAACAGGAGGGCUACUUGGCCAAAUACGCAGUCGACGAGGAGGAUAAGUUGGCGGCAGAGCAGGCUCAAGCAGCAACCAAUGAUCGUCCUCACGACCCUAUGCAAGGAUUGGAAGAGCUGGACGUCGCUGGUCCGAAGCCCGAAUAA